AUGAGCAGGCCCAGCUUCUCUGCUAGCGCCAAUAAACGGCUCUCCAAAUCCGACGCCAACUCGAUAGUGGGUGGAGACUCAUUGGAAGAUGUCUACGAUGAUGACGCUGCUGCAGACGCCAAGCCACCGGUUGCCGACCCCAGCAAGCCGGCAGACCAUCAGCCCAAGGCAUCCAGUGGCACUACAGAAGUGCCCGCUAAAGGCGACUACAACACAGCACCAAAGGUGUUCUCGUUUUCGUUGCCUUUUGGAGGGUUGUCAGCAGUCAGAUCCAACUUGUACCGUCAGUUCCAGUCGUUUAAGUUCGAUCCGCAUCUUCCGUUGCUUGGUAGCAGCCAGUCCAGCGAGCUCGACCAGCUAAAGCAAGACAUGAACCUCAAGCUCGAGCGCCAGCAGUCCAUCAGCACCAUCGAGGAUGCCACAUACUUCCAGAAGUUCAAGGGCACCGACAAUGCCCGUUUGCGGGCGGUGAAGCACUCGAUCUCCGCUAAUUUGAACGAUAUCUUGCCUGGCAAACCCCACAAAAAGAGCCACGAGCGCAUUUUUGACGAGAUUGACGGAAACAUCGUGAUCAUGGGAGGCUAUCGAGGCUCCAUCCUACGCAGUAGAAAGACGGGAAAACGGGUGUGGAUCCCCAUCAAGGCAGGAUUCAAUUUACGGAAAAUCAAUCUCCUCAUAGGCCCACGUCCCGAGGACGAAUUGAAGGCCAUGGACCUAAUCUACCCCGAUGGCGUGUUGAAGAAUAUUGGGCCCAUCGACAUCUGCAAGAAAUUGAUCAAGAAAUUGUCAGCAAACCCCAAGACUAACGUCAAGGAGUACGGUUACGACUGGAGACUCAGUGCAGAUAUCGCCUCUCGCCAGUUCGAGGAGUUCUUGGAGGAGAUGUAUCGUAAAACCGGCAAGCCUACGUUGGUUAUUGCCCAUUCUAUGGGUGGGUUGAUUGCUCACGGAGCAUUAAACCGCAACCCCAAGUUGUUCAGAUCUCUCGUGUACGUGGGUGUUCCUAGCGAAUGUCUCAAUAUUCUUGGUCCUUUGAGGUAUGGUGACUCGGUGAUUCUCAACGAUAAGAUUUUGACCUACGAGACGAACUUCAUGAUGAGAUCAGGGUUCAUAUUCUUGCCAUUAAGUGGCAGGGUAUUCGUGAACACAGAGACAAAAGAGUACUUUGACCUUGACUACUUCAACCCUGACACCUGGGUCGAAUAUGACUUGAAUCCUCUCGUAUCUUCCAAAAGAAAAUUGCUAGAAGAGCAGGGCCAUAAGAGCCCCAUCCACCUUCCAGUCAGCGAGUCGACAGGAUCCAUUCCUAUCAUAAACUCCAUAAGUAACAAGCUCAAGCAUUACCGUUCCAUCUCGAUGAAUAGGAAAACCCGCCCCAGUGCAGUGGAUGAGGGGUCCUCUAACUCAUCCUCGCAGGCAGGAUCUCCCAUCCGCAACCCAUUAUCCCCCAAAUUGCAUCCCAAGGCAGACUCUCCGUCUGUUCCGUCAUUCCUGAGCUCAUUCAAGACAGCCACCUCGGAGGACGAGGUUGAGGAGCACUUUUCAUUCACAUUCACAGAAGCAUAUAACUACCUCGCAGACACCUUGAAGCGGGCUAAGGCGUACAUCUUGAGCUUGGACUACAUUGAGGAGCUCGAGACCGAGUAUCCUCCGUUGGCGAUGGUAUAUGGGAAUAAGGUGCCUUCAGUGAGAGGCUCCAACGUUAGAGACAGGCAAGACAUCAAAGAUGGAAACUACUACUCGUUCUUCUAUGGCCACGGAGACGGGGUGGUACACCAGCGGUGGUUGAUGCCCCAGCGGAAGGGAUUUGACUUCUACGACGACGAGACUGGCCGUGGCCAGAUUGUAGGGAAAUUUGCCAGUGAGCGUGGCCACGUCAACUUGAUGACCGACUUCAAUGCCAUGGGAAAGGCGUUGAGUGCAGUUUUCGAAGCAGAAAAGAGCUGGAAGGAGAAGAAGGCCAGGAUUUCUGGUGAAUUUGUACAGCGUGCAAGAACCUUGGAUUCGCUAAUGAUAAAACCUGUAUGA